AUGCACUUGAGCGAGAACGAAGGAAUAGAGGGGAAGACCUUCGUGGUCACUGGCGGACUUGGAUUCGUAGGAUCUGCUCUGUGCUUGGAACUCAUACAGAGAGGUGCCAAACAGGUGCGAUCCUUUGACCUCCGCGAAUCUUCUCCCUGGUCGCAUAUUCUCAAACAGAAGGGAGUCAACUGCAUACAAGGGGAUGUUUCCCGCAAAGAGGAUGUUGAAAGGGUACUCCGUGGUGCCGAAUGUGUAUUCCACCUUGCGGCCUUUGGUAUGUCAGGAAAAGAGAUGCUGCAAUUCGGUAGAGUUGAUGAAAUCAAUAUAAACGGGACAUGCCAUGUUAUAGACGCAUGCCUUGACCUCGGUAUCAAAAGGCUCGUCUAUUGUAGCACAUACAAUGUUGUCUUUGGUGGUCAGAAGAUCAUCAAUGGGAACGAGACCUUGCCUUACAUUCCAAUUGAUACCCAUGUUGAUCCAUAUGGCCGCAGUAAAUCAAUUGCUGAGCAGUUGGUUCUAAAGAAUAAUGCCCGCCCUCUCAAGAACGAUGCUGGAAAUCAUCUUUACACUUGUGCUGUUCGCCCCGCUGCUAUCUAUGGACCGGGGGAAGACAGGCACCUUCCGAGGAUCAUAACCAUGGCAAGGUUGGGUCUGAUUCUGUUCAGAAUUGGCGACGAAACUGUCAAGUCAGAUUGGGUUUUUGUUGAUAACCUUGUCCUUGCACUUAUAUUAGCAAGUAUGGGGCUCUUGGAUGACAAUAAUGAAAAGGGAAAACGACCUAUAGCUGCUGGCCAGGCAUACUUUAUAUGUGAUGGUUCACCUGUCAAUUCUUUUGAAUUCCUCCAACCUCUACUCAAGAGUUUGGAUUAUGAACUACCAAAAACAUCUUUAUCUGUCGAACAUGCUCUUGUUCUUGGGAGGAUUUGCCAAGGUGUUUAUACGAUCUUAUAUCCAUGGCUUAAUCAACGGUGGCUCCCUCAACCAUUCAUCCUUCCAAGUGAAGUGCACAAGGUGGGAGUGACCCACUAUUUCUCUUAUCUUAAAGCCAGAGAGGAGAUUGGCUAUGUUCCCAUGGUGACCCCGCGGGAGGGGAUGGAUUCUACCAUAACUUACUGGAAACAGAGGAAAAGGCAAAUUCUGGAUGGGCCUACCAUUUACGCGUGGCUGUUUUGUGUCAUUGGAAUGACCUCACUCUUCUGUGCCGCUUUUCUACCAGACACAAUAUGGAUUGUGUCUCUUCUGAGAGGUAUAUGUCUAUUUGUGUUUGGGUCAAUGUGGAUGACAAGACUGGUAUUUUUGCUGGCGACAGCUGCACAUGCGAUUGAGGGCAGUUAUGCUUGGUACCUGGCUAAAAAGGUGGAUCCUGCAAAUGCAACAGGCUGGUUUUGGCAAACAUUUGCUCUGGGGUACUUUUCAUUGCGUUUUCUAUUAAAAAGAGCAAGGGAGUAA